AAAAAACGCUCUGUUUCGGUCUUUGCGUGUGUGCGUGUGUGUUGGAAAGGAAUCAUAAUUGUGACAAAAUCGUCUUAUGAUGUGAUUUCUGUCUUGUCGUGUUUUGUGUUUCCUGCUCGUAAAAUCCGUUUUUCUUGUGUUUCCUUUCGUUUUCGCCGCAGUCCGGUGCAGUCUGUGCGUGUGCUACUCGCUUCCCGACCGCGUAUCUCGCCUUCCGGAUGCUAUGUUUUCCGCUGCGUUGGGUUGUUGCUGAUCGAUAGAAAACACCGAUUAGCGCUGUGCGAGCCACAACAGGAAAGGGAAGGGAACGACGAGCGCAGCGAGUGUGUCCCAGCAUUUCAGGGAGGCGAAGUGUCUGGCCCCAAGUGUGUGUGUGCGUGUGUGUAGCCAAAUCCCAACGAAGCAAGUGAUCCGAUAAUGGCCCGGGAGUAUGAUCAUUUGUUUAAAUUGCUUAUUAUUGGCGACAGCGGCGUCGGCAAGUCCUCGCUGCUGAUUCGUUUCUCGGACAACACAUUCUCCGGAAGCUACAUUACGACCAUCGGCGUGGACUUCAAGAUACGCACAGUGGUGAUCAAUGGUGAGCGGGUGAAGCUGCAAAUCUGGGACACGGCCGGGCAGGAACGGUUUAGGACGAUCACCAACACCUACUAUCGCGGAACACACGGCGUCAUCGUGGUGUAUGACGUGACCAAUGGCGAAUCGUUCGGUAACGUGAAGCGCUGGCUGCAGGAGAUCGAAUCGAACUGCGAUAUAGUAAACAAAGUACUAGUUGGCAACAAAAAUGACGAUCCAACGCGCAAGGUAGUUACCACGGAGGAUGCGGAGCGUUUCGCCAACCAGAUGGAGAUCAAGCUGUUUGAAACAUCCGCCAAAGAUAAUCUAAACGUGGAGGAGAUGUUCCUCGCCAUCACCGAGCAGGUCCUGAGGCACAAGAAGCAGACGCAAAAGCAGCAACAGUCGGAAACGAACAACGAUACGGUACAGCUCAAAAAGGGUACGCACAAAAAGAAGAACAAGUGUUGCUAAUGGUCGUGGUGGGUGCAGGGGUGAGUGGGUAGCCUUUAUGUUGGCACGUCCCGUGCUGUGGGGGUAUGCUUCCGUGAGUGUCAGCUGUAGCCACGGAUGGGUGUUUUGUGUUUCUGUAACAUAUUUACUGCAUCUACUGCCUCAAACAUAACUGCAACUGGUCGGGCGAACGGCGGACGGCAACAUGCAUCGUACAAGUGCGUACAUAGGAGUAGAGAACAAAUAGCACAGCAAAUUCCGAAAUUUUAUCGCACACACUAUUACGGUGCGCAAAUAAGGUGAAAGGCCACCGCUGAUCGGUGGCACGAUUGCGUAUGAUAUUGGCCUCGAUAGAACGAAGAGACUGGACAAGCUGUACGGUAGAUGCGUGCUUGAUGAACGCAUUGGCCUUCGAAGAAGAAGCUCUAAUCUAGGACGACCCAAAGCGCCGACCACCAUUCCACAAUGCGGCCACAAUCCUGACACCGGUUAUGUGUGGGUUCUUUUUGUUUGCCGAUGCCGAUUUGUUUGUCACUCACCGAACAUCUCUGACUUUCAAGCCCCACGAAUACUACCCAACAAAACCAACAAACAUGCUGUCGUGAAUUCCGAAACCCAUGAAGCAACAACACUUCUCACCGUUCUUUCCAGCAAACCCUCCCCCUCGUAAGCGUAAGCGUGUAACAGUAAUAAUAAUAAUUAUUAUUAUGAUAAUUGUAAAA